AUGACCCUGCAGUGCUUCGUGCCAUGGGCAGCACGUGACGCCAUUUCUCUGUGCCUCUCCGAUGCGUGUCAGUUCGGAAAACUUCUUGCUGAACAUGUAUCCAAGCAUCCGAGUGUAGCUCAAUGGAUGGUGUUUGCUGAAUCAAAGCCCUGGCAUGGGGCGGACAAGUCCCGAUUCGGAGAGAAGGCGCUGCCAGCGGUGAUGGCCGUAGGGCUGGCAAGCACUACUGGCUCGAUGUGGUAUUGCAGCACAUCUUGGUCGGACGUAUUGGGAGUACUAUUCCCUUCCUCGUCAUGGCAGAUUUCCGUUGUGAUGGGCAGUCUCGUUUGCCUUUCGUCUGUAUGCUUCCUUCAUUGCCAAGCCACCGUGGUCAGCUGCAGAGGAGAUCUGAGCACCGACAAUCAGUGGAGGCUUCUGGCAAGCAGUGCCACAAUAUACGCCAAUCUUACAUUAAUGCCAAUAUUGGCACAUGCUUGUGCAUUACAUCCCCAGUUUAAACUGCUGUUGCUGAUCAACAAGCUUAGCUUUGCCCUUCAAACUUUCCAAUUCCGAGACAGCAUACGGCGAGCAGGAGGUGACCUCAUCAAGACCACAGCCUUUUCCUUGUUUGGACAUGUCAGCCCAAAGCAUGCGUGGGUUUCAUGCUCUUGCAACCCAAGGGCAAUGGAAGCGAUCUGGCAUUUCCUGGGCUGUACUUCGAUUGACAAAGCCGACCGGACUGAUAAGGAUGCAUCGGACAUGCAGCUCAGUGCUUUUGAAUUCCGGCACUAUCGAACAAGUCUGGAGCAGAAUCAGCAGAAGUUGGUCGAGAGAGUUGUGAACCAAUGGGUUGCAAUGCUGGUGAAGGGCAUCGUGAUCAGGGUCAACGGAUUUGAGGAGAAGACCUUCCUUGACAAGGAUUUGCUCAAUUUAGAACUGAGUGGCGAGCUCUAUCCCUUGGAUGCAUUGUGUCGAAUGACGAUGCGCAAAGAGUCCGACGAUGUGGUCAUGAAUGUCCCGUGGAUCCUAGAUCUCAACUUUGAUUUCGAAGAGGGUGAGGCGGUGUUGUCCUUCAGCUUUGAGCAAGAGCGUCAUCGGCUCCAAUUCGCAUUGAUGCUGCGGAUCUUGCGCACGCGCAAUCCUCACUUGAAUCUUGCCGGCACGUUUGAAGUCGUGAACGAAGACGAUGAGGAUGAAGACGACCCGGCAGUGUCGAAUUUCAAUAGGAUUGUUGGUUCCACACGGUUUGAUGUUCAAGGAACGGGCAUAUCGGUCAUCAUCAGUGUGGGCUCAUUGAACAUCCACCAGCAUCUUCGAUGCAACAACCGGCACGUCUACUUGGAGUUGUUCUCUGACUACCCGCGAAGGGACAAGUUUCUGUAUGCGAAGUCAAGCUACAACAAUCUUCCGGGAGCCGUUUUGCUAGGAGACAAUGACAUCAAGAACGGUCGAAAGGAGAUGGACAAUGCGGAUCAAGCCGAUGGCCGGAAGGGUAACAAGUCAGAUCAGCAUCUUUGUACGAUCAAUUUUGACCUGAAGAAUGUGAAGCUGAAGAUACCCAAAGUUCCAUUUACAGUACAUGGCCGCCUGAUGGUGAAAGACGACUUCUUUCCUUCAGUUGUGGCGACGUUUGAGCUUCCUAUUUCGAAGGCUCAUCUGCAGGACAUGCGCGAGUCCGCAGAAAAGCAGGCAAAGCAGCCAGAAGCUGUGGAAGUUCCUUUGCUUCGAAGUUCGAAGCACUCGGAUGGGCCGCAAGAGAUUGCGAGCUUACAAGUGCGUUUCCUAGGGUUCGUGACUGAAGAAAACACCAGAAAGAAGCAGACAACCAACAGCAAAGGCAACAAUGAAGCGUCAAGAGAAGACACUUCCAGUGAAGAGGAGGACGACGAGGAGGAGGACGAAGAAGAGGAGGAGGAGGAAGAGGACGAAGAGGACGAUGAGGAAGCUGAGAGCGGAGAGAGAGGCAGUGGGUACCAAGAAAGCUCCAAUGCAGGGAGUCAGCAGUCCAAUGCCACGACGUCAAGUAGGUAG